AUGGGAACUGUGGCAGCCAUGCAGUGGAAAUGUGUGGCCUUGCUUUUCCUUACUUCGUCUGUUGUCAUUAAAGUCAAGGCCAGACUGGUCAGCAACCAUCUCAGUAGUAUCUGCAGCACAUGGGGCAGAGAGCACUACAAGACAUUUGACGGUGAUGUUUACCAGUUUUCUGGUACGUGCGAGUACAACCUUGCUUCAGACUGCCACGCGGCCAUGCAGGAGUUCUCAGUGCACAUGAGGAGGGAGACGAAUGACGGGAACCCAACUGUCAGCUAUUUGGUGGUCACCAUCAAUGACCUUGCGUUUCACCUUACCAAGGAAGCGGUCACUGUUAAUGGCCAACCUGUCACAUUGCCACACUAUAAUAGUGGAGUUCAAGUGGAAAAUAAUGAUGUCUACAUCAAACUGCAGUCUAAAGUUGGCCUUGUUGUCAUGUGGAAUGGUGAUGAUGCAGUCAUGGUGGAGGUUGAUCGUGACUAUGCUAAUCGCACUUGUGGACUCUGUGGUGACUACAAUGGCAUUCCUGUCUACAAUGAGUUGAUUUACAAUGAUCGAAUAAUCAGCCACAUUGAGUUUGGCAACAACCACAAGGUUCAUAACCCAAAUGAUGAUUGUGAGGACCCCUUUGAGGAGUACGGAGAACCGCUUGAAGAUGUUCCAAAUGUGGAUUCGUGCGAGGAGUUUAAAACGUCCUGCAACCAGUUGUUGCUUUCAGAGUCUUGGAGCCCCUGCACCCAGCUUAUUGACCCUGCACCCUAUGCGCAGGCUUGUGUGGAGGACAUGUGUGGCUGCAACAACCACACAAAUGACACCUGUGUCUGCAGCACACUAUCCGAGUUCUCUCGACAGUGUUCCCAUGCUGGCGGAGUGCCUCCCAACUGGAGGACGCCACUGUUUUGUGCCAAGCAGUGUCCUUACAACCUGGUGUAUGAGGAGAGCGGUUCUCCUUGCAUGGACACGUGCACACACCUGGACACCAGUUCCAUGUGUGAGGACCACAGAAUGGAUGGCUGCUUCUGUCCACCUGGCACUGUGUUUGAUGACAUUUCCAUGAGAGGAUGCAUUGAUCAAUCGGAAUGUCAGUGCAAGCAUGGAAAAAUCUACAACUCAAGCGAGGGCUACCAACGAGACAAGGAGAUAUGUACAUGUUUUCAGGGCAGAUGGUCUUGCGAGUAUCUUCAGGGGCCAGCUACAUGUGCAGUGGAGGAGGGUUCACAUGUAACCACCUUCGAUGGCAAAUCUUACACCUUCCACGGAGACUGUUAUUACACACUAGCCAAGGUGGAAAGCAAGGAUGCCUCAAGUCCGAAAUUUACCAUCCAGGUGCAACUGGUGCCUUGUAAAAACCAACAUUUUGACACUUGUCUCAAGGCACUUAAAAUCCUGUUGAACAAUGACAGAAACAAUGUGUUAAUGUUCAUUGCCGGUGGGGCAGUGAAACAGAACCAGCAAACCAUCACUUUGCCGUACCAUACAGCGGACAUCAACAUAUUCCAUGCCUCGUCAUUUCACAUAUUGCUACAUACCAGUUUUGGGUUGCAAAUUCAGAUUCAGCACGUGCCUCUCAUGCAAGUGUAUGUGCGGUUGGAUGAGAGCUACAACGGAAAGACGCGUGGUUUAUGUGGCAACUACAACCGGGCCUUGUCUGAUGACUUGAAAACCCCUCAGGGGAUUGUCGAAGGGACAGCGACCACAUUUAGUAACACCUGGAAGUCGAACCUCAUGUGCCGAGACACGAGGGAAAGACUUGAUGACCCCUGUUCUCUCAGUGUGGAAAAUGACUUGUAUGCCAAACACUGGUGCGCCUUGCUGUUACACCCAAAUAGCACCUUUGAAAAGUGCCAUUCAUUAGUAGAUCCUGAUGUGUAUUACAAGCGGUGCACUUACGCGAGCUGCAAUUGUGACAAGAGUGAAUCCUGCCUGUGUGCUGUCUUGUCCUCCUACGCCCGAGCGUGUGCAUCAAAGGGAGUCUUCUUGAUGGACUGGAGAGCAAACGUGUGUGAUAAAUACACAAGGACCUGCCCAGCAUCUCAGAUCUUUUCAUACAAGCAUCAACGGUGCGAGCUGACCUGCAGAUCGUUGAGUUCGACACUGCAAACUUGCUCCUCUGACUUCCUGCCCGUGGAUGGCUGCUCCUGUCCCGAGGGUCAAUACCUCGAUGAACAUGCCAUCUGCAUCCCCAAACAAAAAUGUCCCUGUUAUCACAAUGAGGCCAUCGUCCAGCCAGGGAAGUCUAUCAACAUCAAGGACGAACACUGUGUGUGCAGUAAUGGGGUGCUUCAUUGCCACUCUUGGAGAGCCCGCUCAUCAACAUGUCCGCCACACAAGGUGUACUUCAACUGCUCCAAUCCAGGCUCGGGACAAUUUGGAGUCCAGUGUGCACCAACUUGUUUAAAUCUAGACAGCAAUGAUUGUGACUCCAGCGAUUGUGAAUCAGGUUGUCAGUGUCCAGACGGCCUUUUUGAUGAUGGCAAUGGUUUCUGUGUAGAAAGAUCACAAUGUCCAUGCAAACAUGAUGGAAUAUUCUAUGUUCCUGGGAAACAAAUUCCAAAUCAGUGCAACAUGUGUACUUGCAAAAGUGGAAAAUGGGAGUGCACAGAGGAAAAAUGCCCUGGAACCUGCAUUAUUUACGGAAGUGGUCAUUAUAAUACAUUUGAUCAACGAACGUAUGGCUUUCAAGGACACUGCAGCUAUGUUGCAGUCAAGAACAAAUGUGGCAAUAAAACAGCACAGGACAACAUUGGAGUGAUCACAGAGAACGUACCGUGUGGCUCUACAGGCACCACAUGCUCAAAAAUUGUCCGAAUACAGUUGGGGCGAAUGGAAAUCAAACUAUCCAAAGGAAAGUAUGAAGAGGUGGACCUGGGACAGGGCAAUCAAAUAAAGUACACAAUAAGGACAGUUGGCAUGUAUCUUGUUGUAGAAUCUGUCAUUGGUAUGGCAGUGAUGUGGGAUCGCAAAACAACUGUCCGCAUCCUCUUGGAACCUCAUCACAGUGGAGAAGUGUGUGGCCUGUGUGGAGAUUUCAAUGGCAAUGAACAUAAUGACUUCACCACUCAGGGUCAGCUGUUAGUGACCAAUGUGUUAGAAUUUGCAAACAGCUGGAAAACCAGCAGCAAUUGCCCGAAUGUGGAAGCAAACGUCGAUCCAUGUACGGUAGCACCCAAUCGUCAUCACUGGUCCAAAAUGAUGUGCAGCAUUAUAACUGGAGAAACAUUCAAAGCAUGUCACAAUACGGUGGAUCCACUUCCAUUUCAUGAAAACUGUGUGAAAGACUCAUGUGCCUGUGACACUGGAGGGGACUGCGAAUGUUUUUGCACAGCAGUUGCCGCCUAUGCUCAAGCUUGCAAUGAGGCUGGUGUAUGUGUUGCAUGGAGAACACCAGACAUCUGUCCUGUCUACUGUGAUUACUAUAACAACCCACAUGAAUGUCGGUGGCACUACAACCCAUGUCAUCAACCCUGCUACAAGACCUGCUUGAAUCUAGAGGGAAUUUGUAGCAACCCCUUACCCAACCUGGAGGGUUGUUAUCCUGUCUGCCCAGAAGACAAGCCCAUAUUCGAUGAGGAACAUCAAAUAUGUGUUGAGGAAUGUGAAGGUUGCUUUUACAAUGGGAAAAGAUAUGAUGAAUAUGACGUUAUUUACAAUGUGACUGACAACCUAGGAAUGUGCUACUAUGCGAUAUGUAUUAAUAAAACUGUAAUAUUCAGAAAUGAAACCUGCUCCACAACAGCCCCUCCAACAACUACAACCAAAUCUACAACCACACCAGUUGGACCCACAACAACAACCGAAGGACCAACUACUACAACUAAAUCUACAACCAUACCCGUCGGAUCCACCACCACAACUGAAGGUCCAACAACAACAACAAAAUCUACGACGGGACCUCCUUCGAGUUCAACGACAAUUGCGGAACCUGUAACUGGAACUACAGAAAGCCCACCAACUGCCCCUGUCAUAACAAAAUCUACAACAACGACAGUGGGACGCACCACGACAACUGAAGGGCCAACAACAACAGAUGAAGGUCCAACAACAACAACUAAAUCAACAACCACACCCCCAGGACCCACCACCACAACUGAAGGUCCAACAACAACAACUAAAUCAACAACCACACCCCCAGGACCCACCACCACAACGGAAGGUCCAACAACAACAACUAAAUCAACAACCACACCCCCAGGACCCACCACCACAACUGAAGGUCCAACAACAACAACUAAAUCAACAACCACACCCCCAGGACCCACCACCACAACGGAAGGUCCAACAACGACAACCAAAUCAACUACCAAACCCCCAGGACCCACCACCACAACUGAAGGUCCAACAACAACAACUAAAUCAACAACCACACCCCCAGGACCCACUACCACAACGGAAGGUCCAACAACAACAACUAAAUCAACAACCACACCCCCAGGACCCACCACCUCAACGGAAGGACCAAUCACCAUCAGUCCUACUCCAGGACACACUACACAAUGCUUCUGUGUAAUCAAUGGCAAGCACUACAGACCAGGCGAAAUAAUUCUGGACAGGAUACAUAUUGGAGCGGACGUAUGUCUCACAAUGAUUUGUUCUGAUAUUUGUGAGAUUCACAACAAGACUGAACCUUGCUGGACCACACCCUUGCCAACACCCACCCCCCCUGUUCCUUCGUGCCCUAAUUGGGAUGUCGUCCAAAAUGAGACCUUCUUUUUGUGCAACUGCACCAUGGCGAGAUGCAUUGAGAACAAUACAAUUGAAAUUAUUCCAUACGAAUGUCCACCCUUAAAGAACAUUACGUGCCUCAAUGGAAAGAAACCUGUUCUUGUUCAUGACAAGAACCUGUGCUGCAAACAUUAUGCUUGUGACUGUGAAUGUAAAGGCUGGGGAGAUCCCCAUUACAUUACAUUCGAUGGCCUCUAUUACAACUAUCAAGGAAACUGUACAUAUGUCCUAAUGGAGGAGAUUGAGGCAAAACACGACUUGAAGAUUUAUGUUGACAAUGUCUAUUGUGAUGCCAAGGAACAUGUUUCAUGCCCGCGGUCAUUAAUUAUCUCGUACAAAUCUGAUGUAAUUGUACUCAAGAGCCAAAACCAUGUUGGAGCAGCAGAACUGGAGGCCUUCAAAGAUGAAAAGCGUUUGAGACUACCCUAUUUACAACAAGACAUAAAGAUCUUCAAUUCUGACAUUGCCUUGGUUGUCGAGCUCAUAUCCUUAGACGCGAUUAUUACAUUUGGAUUAAGUGACUUCACUGUCAACCUGCCCUACAGGUUUUUUGACAGCAACACACGGGGCCAAUGUGGCAAAUGCAACAACAACCAGGCAGAUGACUGCAUGCUGCCCGGAGGGCAGAUUGUGCAGAGCUGCAGUGCGAUGGCUGAUUUUUGGCCUGCAAAGGACAUUCACCAACCAAACUGCGAGAUACCAUCUGUGAUCCCGACCAACGAACCUCUACCCCCACCGACACUCACUCCAUGCAAGCCAGACUCUGAUUGUGAUCUACUCUUGAGCAGUGUCUUUGAGGACUGCCACCCCUUUGUCAAUCCUGACAAUUACUAUCAAGGAUGUGUUUUUGAUAGCUGCCAUGUCUCCAACCCAGCAAUAGAAUGCAUCAGUUUACACAUGUAUGCUGAUGCCUGUGCUCAGGCUGGAGUUUGUCUGCACUGGAGGAAUCAUACCACAUACUGUGAAAGCGAUUGCCCACCCGACAAGGUCUAUAAACCAUGUAGUCCUGCACAGCAGCCAACCUGCGAAGACAGUCUUUAUGAACGAAGGCUGGACUACAUAACUGAAGGCUGCUUUUGCCCUGAUGGAAUGAAGCUCUUCAACAAAGAGUCAGGCAUAUGUGUUGAUAAGUGCGGAUGUCUUGAUCCUGAGGGUAUUCCUCGUGAGUUUAAUGAAAGGUUUGAGUACAACUGCCAAAACUGCAUCUGCGAGGAGAUCACCAAGACCAUAAAAUGCCAACCUAAGGUGUGCCCACCAUCGCAUGUAGUUAACUGCUCCGGUCCAGGCUUCGUCCUUGUCAACCAGACCAACCCUGCAGACCCUUGCUGUUCUGCCUUCGCUUGCAAUUGUCAAAGUAGCACAUGCUCACUCAUCGAUGUGGUGUGUCCAAUUGGGUUUACCUUAGUGGUCGAUGUGCCAGAGGGCAAAUGCUGUCCAGAACACACAUGUGAGGCGAAAAGGGUUUGUGUCCACAAAAAGGCUGAAUACCAGCCUGGUGAUUUGGUUCCUGUGGUUCCAUGUCAGGAGUGUAAUUGUACCAAUGACGUGGACCCAAAAAGCGGUUUAUUACAAAUACAUUGCGAGGUUCAACAAUGUCGAGAACAAUGUGAACAGGGUUAUGGAUAUACGGACGCCAACAAGAUGAAUGAAUGCUGUGGACGGUGUGAACAGACCCACUGCAUCUUCAACGUUCGUGGUACUCAGCAGCUGCUGAGGCAAGGUGAUACGUGGUCAUCACCGGACAACAAGUGUGAGCAUUACACCUGUUUGAGGAGCGGUGAGGCUUUCACAGCAGUCGCCACACACAUUGUGUGUCCGCCAUUUGAGAAAAGCAACUGCACACCUGACACCAUUCAAACUGCAGCAGAUGGAUGUUGUCAAAUUUGUGUGGAGCAAGAGAAAGCUUGCAAGCCAGUGCCUAAUAAAGUGUACAUCACACACAUGAACUGCCAGUCUCUUGAUAAGGUGGACAUUCCAUAUUGUGAAGGAUCUUGCAACACUUACACAAAAUACUCAGAGGAAACGUCCACCCUGCAGCCUUCCUGCUCCUGUUGUAAGGGGGUCCGAUCUAGCGAUCGCACAGUGGACUUGCUGUGUCUGAAUGGAGACAUUGUUCCUUACUCCUACAUUCACGUGGACGAGUGUAGAUGCUCCGCCAGCGACUGCACCAAAACUGCCGCAGGUCCCGCUCGAAGGAGGCGAAGCUUUACCCUCCUGUAA